GCCCUCACUCUCACCCUCACUCACUCUUCUCCAGUACAUACCGUAUAAACUCGACAAAGUGAACAACUUCUACUGCACAGACUACGGCAAGCGAUGUGCCUAGUCAAACAUUUCACCUACUUCAAACCCUGACUCGACCUAGCAUCGCGUCAGCAAGGUGAAGGUCAUCGCAUAGGUGAUGCAAGGCUGGGAUUACGGUAUGGAGAGCAAGUUGGAGUGCAGCUCCAUUGUUCGGUACUUGCGCUAGUGAUCACAUUAAACCCUAACCCGAUUCCUUCCUUGGCAUGCGCGGCCCGAGACCCAAAAAUUUCCCUGAUCGAUCUUCAACCCAUCUCAUUGCAGCUUUUGGUGAAGUUCCGUGUGCUAACAUCAACCCUGCGGCGCGCAUUAACCAUGGCAAGCCUUCGCGGGUUGUCAAGACCGGCCCGCAGCCUUCCACUGUCCCAAUUACCGCGCCAGACAUAUACAGCAUGUUCGAUAAGAUGCGCCUCGUCACAAGCCGCCAAGGCCGAGGCCGAGGAAGACCUUCAAGAACUCGAAACGGAUUCUCUGCUCCACGCGCCGCCAUUAAGCGAGGAAGAGAAGAGGCAGUUUAGGCCAUGGAAGCGUGCAUUGGACAGACAAUUCAUGCUUCCGAGCGGGAGAUACCAAUACCACCCGCCCAAGUAUAACCGCGGCCCGCUCCAUCCCAUACAGUCGCCGCCAUCCUCAGAUCCUGUAGCCCGAGACUUCGUCCCAGGGCCCUUCAACUUCCCCCGCCUAAAGCACACGUAUCAGUCCACCAUCGCCCCCGACCUGAUGACGCUCCUGUACGAGCACACGCCCCCCGGGACGCCCAAGAACGAGACUCCGCAGCGGCUACGCGGCUGGGACGGCUCCUCGCCGUACCACAAGAACCGCCCGCUCCGCGGGCCGCGCGGCGGGCCGAACCUGCCCCUGCUCGAGCGCGACAUCACGUUCAAGAACAUACCCGAGAUCAAGGAGGUCACGAUUGCGAGCUACGUGCCCGAGGCGGUCAAGGAUCCGGAGCAUCUGCUCGCGGCCAGGACGGCGAUGCUCGCCUUGACGGGAACGCUCCCUACAGUCACAAAAACAAAGCACAGCAUCGCUCAGUGGGGCAUCAAGGAGGGGGAGAAGGCCGGCGUGAAGACGACCUUAAUCGGGAAUGCGGCGUAUGAGUUUCUGGAUCGUUGCAUUCACUUGGUGUUUCCGAAGAUCAAGGACUGGAAGGGUAUUUCGGCAACGACUGGAGACGGUUCGGGCAAUCUGGCUUGGGGCUUUACCCCCGAGGAGUUGAAGCUGUUCCCGGAGAUUGAGGUCAACUACUCUAUGUAUCCUGCUAAGAUGCUCCCCGGAUGCAGAGUGUUUGUAAAGACAACAGCAACUUCGGACAGGCACGCGCGGUUGCUCUUGCAAGCUAUGGGCGUUCCCUUUUAUGGAAAGGUCUAA